AUGUCAAACAAAUAUUCAAGAACAUCAAAACAACAUACAAAAGACUCUAAAAAUUUAUACUUGCGUCCUGAUAGAGAUCAAGAACACCAAAACAAUGCACCAAAGAUGCUAAAGAUUCAUGCCAAGAUACCAAGCAAAUCAAGAACACCAAAUCAAGAACGCCAAAACAACAACAUACCAGAGACUCCAAAGAUUUAUACUUGCAUCCUGAUAGAGCCCCAACCUUGUCUAUCACAUCCCAACUGGCUAUUAUUUUGUUAG